GCGUAUGUUAGAAUUGUACGUACCAUUGGCUUGUUGGGCGGGAAAAGUAGAAAAGCUCGAGCCACAGUCGACGAUGCCGAUGGUUUUGGCCUAAUCGGUUUAACUUCCCUGCUGGGAAUAACUGCAAUUCUUGUUUGUCGUGGUCUUUAUUGGCAGUAGUACUGUUUGUUUCUUUCUUAAUUUUGAAGACUUUCUUUCGAAGAGAAGAACAUGGGGUGGUGGCACCCAGACAUAUCGCUUGAAGAUCUGUUGAAAUUGGUCAAAGGGUUUGUGGAUAUAUUGAUUUUGGCAUCUGGGUAUCAAUCAUCUGGCAGUUUUGCCCACUGGGACACCUACAACAUCAAGAAAGCUUUUCAGUGGGGCAUUUUCUUCGAGAACGUUUUUAGGCGAUUGAGGUACUCAGAUGAUUAUGAAGGCUCAAUAAAGGAACUUGAUGCAGCGCUAUCUGAAAUUAAGUCUAAUCCAUUCUUCCCUCAAGGCAUUGCACAUUUAUCAUCUGUUACUCUUCGUCAAGCAAGCAACUUCGUAUUGCAGUAUCUACUCCAUGCCUUACCACUGAGGGAUGCACAUCUGAAAGCUUUUGCAAUAGCAGCUAUAGAGAUGGACCUUAGUGAGCUUCAAAGAACAGAAAAUGAUUGCAUCGAGGUGUACCUUCGCAGACUGGUGCUGCAGAAGUCAUGUGCAGAUCCAGACUUGGAUUGUAGGGCUUUCAUGGAGGGCUCGUUAAUUUCAUCUCGAGAUGUUUCCAAUAUGAAAAUUGAUGGUGAUUUCACAAGGCCUACCAUUCAGGAACUCGCAAAGAGGCAGUUGGCUGUAUCAUGCAUAUCCUCUGCAGAAGCUGGUUUGGAUAUCCUAUGUAAGUCCAUAAGACAAAGGAACUGGAAUGAGUCUGACAGCAGCUCCUUUAAAGAACUGCAAAAUCAUGCCACAGCUCCACAGACUGAAGACCAAUUGAUUGAUUAUGACACAUGGAACUGUUGGAGGACACAUGCCCUUUCAUACUUCAUUAACAGGAGAACUAUUGGAUUGGUCUCAGGUGCCAGCAUGAUCUUCUCUGCUUCAGAGGCUCAAUGGGUCCAGGUGUUUGAAAAGCUAAAUAUAUCAGCAGUAAACAGUGAUGAUAUGGUAGAGAUCUUGUUACUAGGAUGUGUUGCAAGCAAAUGGAGUUCUUUGAUUGAGCAUUUCAUGUUAGUUUCAUAUGAUUCUAUCUCUAUAUCAAGGCAAUACCAUGAAGUGUGCAGCUUCCCCCUAAGAAGGAUUCAAAAUCUUCAUUCUAGAGAGGAAAUGAUGAGUCCUAAGGUUAAAAGCAUUCUCAAGCAUUUGGCUGUGCUUUUGGAAACUCAACCUCAUCAAUUAUGGAAAUUGUCCCCUGCCCUUGCAGCAGUUGGUAUUCCAUCCUGGUCACCUUUGUUUCGAUUGUAUCUAAGUGAAUUGGACAGUCAAUUCAAAGGAGAUUCUACAACAAUUAGACGCUGCUGUUGUGUUCAAGAUAGGAAAGAGCAUAAAGACUUCUCAGAAAUUUUCUUUCUCCAUAUUGUUGUUGAGAAAAUGGAGAAAGAAGAUGUACAGAAAACUGCUUGCGCAUACAGGAGGUACUGCUUCCUCCAAAAUCCUGUCUAUACCUUACCUUGCCAACAUCCGAGCAGAUGCAACUUUGACUCUUUGGUCAAAUAAUUAUUGGAAUACUAUGCUUUCUUGGUGCUGUUUACUGUAAGCUGUCUUUGAUAACAAUUUUUCGUGGACUUGAUCCCACAGUGAUUGACCUUAAGGUAUAAAAAGCCAUGGACUUAUGUGACAAUUUCAUAGCUAUAUCUUUGUGAUUGCUGGUAAUCGUAUGUACUUAGAACUCAUUUGAAUCCAAGCUUUCCAAGUGCCAAUUUUUUCAGGUCUCUAAAUCAAACACUUAUAAUCACUGGUAAGCAGAUUCUAUAAUGUUACAUAAGAUGACCCUUUUUUUAUACAUGAAGAACUUACUUUAACAACCCCAUCUGGAUCAAGAACUUUUCUCAACUGUUUCUGCUAAAUUUUUGGUGAAGUAGAAAGUAUGAUUUGGGGCAAAGCUAUGGUACCUACUGUCACUCUGCAGUCUCCAUUGUUCUAAUCUAUUAUAUUACCCUGGUAGUUUCUGUUGUCUGCAGUAGAUCAUGAUCUAUUCUUGUAGUAUUUAUAUCAGUAUUUAUAUGGAAAGACUUGGAUUAAUUAUAAUAUGCCUUGUUUUGGCUUCCACUGUUCCAACUCUUCUGCACGGGAAUCAGAUGGUUUAAGACUAAUCUUUUAGAGUACCUUUUAAGAGUUGUAUUAAAGACAUUGGGCCUUGUUUUGGGGCGCUAAUGUUGGGUAAAAUUGUGUUUGGGCCCACCCCUAGUAUAAUUUAAGAUCUACAUUUUCCAACCUUUGCUGUCCAGCUGACUAUAAUGUCAUCUACUUUUUCUUCUUUUUCUUUUUACUUGUUUGCUAUUGGUGUUUGGAGCCUGUGGGGCUGGGAGGACAUCAUUGUGCAGAAUAUGGAAAAGAAAACAUUGAUUUAGGCCUCCCAAUUCCCCAAACCGCUGAUCAAAUACUUCUUGAUUGCAGCAUGCAUGGAUCUCUUUUUUUUUUUUUUUUUUUUUUUUUUUAAAAUAUUUUUUUAUAAUUUUAAAAUAAUAAGAAAAGAUAGCAACUAUUAUUUUUUAGGCGAAACUGAAUAAACUCAAAUUAUGCGCAUUAAGACACACAAAUUUGUGUGCAUUUGCCCUUAAAAGAGGUUUGCACCAUGGUUGGCAAAAGGCAAAAGAGGCAAUUAUAGCCUCUCACCACCAACCCACCAUUGAGGAGUUCUGUAAAAUCUAAUAAAUCAGUUAAUUAGAGGGGGUCAAGAUUAGGCUUCUGGUGUCCUUAUGGGAGUGCGAUUUUGUUCACCCCAUUUAACGGGGAUUAAAAUAACCCCCGUGAAAAGCUAACGCCCAUUUCCUCUCCCCUCUCUGCUUCCCUCUUCUUCUCUCUCGUCUCUGCUUCCCUCUUUGUCUCCAAGUCUCCCCCCCUCCUCUCCUCUCUCCCCCUUUCCUCUUCUUCUCCAGCCAGCCUUGUGUUGCCGCCGCCGCUACUUCUUCUCGCGCGUCGGCCGCCUCGCCUCGUCGACCGUGAGGUGGUGGCGCGAUGCAGCAGCGAGGCGGUGGUGCAGAGGCGAGGCGGAAGGCGGCGAGGCAGGGCGGGGCGGGGCAAGGCGAGGCGUUGCAGAGGCGAGGCAGAAGGCGGCGAGGCGGGGCGAUGUAGCGACAGUGCAGGGGAAGGCGGCGAGAGCAAGGGAAGGGGAGAAGGAGAAGAGAGGAACGGGUGGGUGAAGACCCCCCAAAAUGACCUUUUUACCCCCAAACUAACGGGGGGUAAAGUUACCCUGUUAAAGGGGGUGAACAAAAUCACAUUCUCCUUAUGGGGGCCUAUACUCUAUCCAGUUUUGAAGUCCUCCCCAUGCUAUUAGAAAUUCUGCGUAACGCAUUAAAAUAUAUAUAUAUUUAUAUAUAUUUCUAUGUUCAGGUAUAUUAUAAUAAAUAGUAUAUAAAGAUGCUUUGGAUUGUGUAUAAAUUCAUAAUUUGUUCCACCUAAAACUAUUGAUUUUCAAAAGAGAUCACAAAAGGUUACCUGACAGGCUGACACCCCAUGUGACCUUACAGGAACCUCCGUCCAACCAAAGCAGUUAAGGCUAUAAAAAUUGCUUCACCUUUAAGUUCAGCAAUCAAUUCAAAAAAAUCCCUUCAUCUUCUCUGUGUGUUGGUGUGAAACCAAAAUGGG